UUCGAACGCUAAACAACACUGAACUUAAACACAGCUGAUGCCACAAUGCGUCUAUUGUUUGGAAAACAGCGAACUGGGUAAAAUGUUUGCUAAGCAAACAUUGUCUUCCCAUAGUUAUUUAAAUUAUUCUAAGCAAUGGGAGAGCAGCAACAGAUUGAGCUGCAAGGCCAGCAUCAACAGGAAUUGCGCUGUGAGCAGCAACAGAGUGUCAAGCUUGUGGACACAGAGGAGGCGAGUGCAGAAGAGCCGCCGCUGAUGGUUAUUAGCGCAGUGUAUAGCUUGAAGCCAGCGAAACGGCCAUUGACGAUAAAACAACUAAUUGCUAAGAAACUGAAGGAAAGGCACUAUCGAGUUAUAGCUAGGAUUGAGAUAAGCGACAGUGAAUCCGAGAAUGGAGAGGAGGAGGCACCCAUCGACAACAUUGAUAAGAAUUUGCCUUUGGCUACUUCUGGGUGCGACCUGAGGAAAUCAGACCAGAUCAUUGAACUGCCGUGAGUUCAAGUUCAAGUAGCGCUAUCAGUAGAAAUAAUCAAUAAAAAUCAAUAAUCAAUAGCUAAAGUAAAUGUACAAAAUAUUCCCCAUAUAUACGACGUCUAUUUCCUAAAAAUAGCAAUAAUCCCAGAUCACCUUCCAACUUGUACACUGUUAUUAAAGCGUAUGGUAAUAAGGAAAAAAUAUAUGUUGAAAAAUA